AUGGGCGACGCUGGACAUUACCACGAGGCUGAGCCCUCAGGAGAGAAGCUGAACGUGGAAUCUUUACUCGAGCAGCUGACGCUUUCCGAAAAAGUUGCCCUGACAGCAGGCAAAGAUUUUUGGCAUACAACUCCCAUACCAAGGUUGUCGAUCCCAUCAAUACGGCUCUCGGACGGUCCAAAUGGUGUUAGAGGAACGCGCUUCUUUGACGGAAUACCGGCGGCAUGUCUCCCUUGCGGCACGGCAAUUGGAGCGACCUUCGAUGAGUCUCUCGUACGUCAGCUAGGUCGACUGCUUGGUGAUGAAGCUAGAGCUAAAGGGGCCCACGUUCUAUUGGGUCCUACUAUCAACAUCCAGAGAUCACCACUCGGAGGACGAGGGUUCGAGUCCUACUCAGAAGAUCCGUUUCUUUCAGGAGUGACAGCAGGCAACUAUUGCUUAGGUGUGCAAGACAGGGACAUUAUCCCAACCUUGAAGCAUUUUGUUUGCAAUGAUCAAGAGCACGAGAGAAUGGCAGUCAAUGCCAUCGUCACAGAACGCGCAUUGCGUGAGAUUUAUCUAUCGCCUUUUCAAACCGCUAUCCGAAUAGCACAACCCGGUGCACUUAUGACGGCCUACAACAAAGUCAACGGCACCCACGCCUCGGAGAAUAAGAGACUUCUGCAAGACGUCCUAAGGAAAGAAUGGGGUUGGGAUGGUUUGGUUAUGAGUGAUUGGUUCGGUACUUACAGUACGUCCGAAGCGAUCAAAGCUGGGCUCGACCUAGAAAUGCCUGGAGCUACUCGGUUCCGAGGCCAAGCCUUAUCCCAUGCUGUCUUAUCAAACAAAAUUCAAGAGUACGAGCUAGACGACCGCGUUCGGAAUGUGCUAAACUUAAUUAACAAGACUCGGGUAGCAGGAAUCCCAGAAAACGCACCUGAAAUGGAGCUCAACCGUCCAGCAGAUCGCGCAUUGAUGCGUCAGGCGGCAGCCGAGUCCAUCGUUCUACUGAAGAACGAGGAAAACGUCUUACCCUUCAACAAAGAGAAGCCAAUUCUCGUAGUCGGACCAAACGCUAAAAUUCCCGCAUAUUGUGGCGGUGGAAGUGCCUCUCUAAGGCCAUAUGCAGCGAUUACGCCUUUCGACGGGAUUGUAUCCCAGUCUGCCUCUGGUGUUUCUUUCGCACAAGGAACAUAUGCGCACAAGCUUUUGCCAGAAAUUGGGACAAGCCUACGAACAGACGACGGCCGAGUUGGUUUCUCACUCAAGGUUUUCAACGAGCCACACACUUCGAAAAACCGGACGCUGGUGGAUGAGCGACAUCUCACCGAUACUAAUAUGUGGUUCAUCGACUACUCGAAUCCAAAACUGAACAAGACAUGGUAUGCAGAUGUGGAGGGAAUCUUCACUCCAGAAGUGUCCGGCGUAUAUGACUUUGGCCUGGCUGUCCAUGGUACCGGAAAACUUUACAUCGACGAGCAAUUGGUGGUGUCGAAUGUAGAGAACCAGACGCCAGGCUCUGCUUUCCUUGGAACCGGCACUGUCGAAGAAAAAGGUGCUAUACAUCUCGAGAAGGACCGUCAGUACAAAUUACUUGUUCAAUGGGGCUGUGCCGAGACCUCAAAAUUGAAGAUCGGUGGACUUGUUGAUUUCGGCCAAGGUGGAGUGCGCAUUGGCGGUGCGCUGAACAUGUCUCAGGAGCAAGCCAUUAACGAUACUCUCACGCUCGCAAAACAUGUUGAGCAAGUUGUCAUUUUCGCGGGCUUAACCGGAGAAUGGGAAUCCGAGGGCUAUGAUCGUCCAAACAUGGAUCUACCGCCGGGAACAGAUGAGCUGAUAUCUCGUGUCCUUGAUGUCAACCCAAACACUGUUAUUGUCAUCCAAAGCGGUACACCUGUGGCGAUGCCUUGGAUCAGUAAAGCCAAAUCUGUCCUCCAUGCUUGGUUUGGAGGCAACGAGGCGGGCCAUGGGAUUGCCGACGUGAUUUAUGGCAAUGUGAACCCUUCUGCAAAACUGCCUUUGACAGUUCCAAAACGGGUCAAUGACAACCCUGCAUUUUUGAACUUUCGUUCUGAGGCUGGUCGGACCUUGUAUGGGGAAGAUAUAUACGUUGGAUAUCGAUGGUACGACAAAGUCGGUAUCGAACCACUAUUCCCCUUUGGUCAUGGUCUAAGCUAUACGAACUUCAAGCUUGAUGGCCUGCGGGUUGAGGACCUUGGUAGAGAAAAGACCUGCAAGGUGCAGGUUAUGAAUGAUGGCCCACGGGCAGGAGCUGAGGUCGUGCAGGUGUAUAUCGGCUCCCCAUCAGCAUUCGAGACCAGCAGUCAGAUUCAUCGGGCUUCGAAAGAGCUGAAAGGCUUCAAGAAGGUUCGUCUUGAAGCUCAUCAAACCCGCGAGGUUGCUAUUCCAAUCGAUGCGAUACGUGCGACAAGCUUUUGGGAUGAAUCGCGGCAAAAGUGGUGUUCAGAGAAGGGCAGGUAUAAGGUCUUGGUCGGCCAGAACUCUCAAGGACCCUUCCUGGAGGCAGAAAUCGAGAUAUCCGAGACUCAGUGGUGGGCAGGACUAUGA